AUGGCUGGAAUACAAGUCGAGGCUGAUUUGGCUGCCCUCAGUCAUGUCAAGGAGAAGGAGGAUGAGGAUGAGAAGGGCGUUCCUUCCGACGUUGCUACCUCCGAACAUGGUCAUGAACUCGAUGGUAUUCAUGAUGGGCUGGAGUUCCCUACCGACGAAGAACGGGCAACACUGCGCAGGGUUUCCGACUCUAUCCCAUGGAAUGCGUAUCUAAUCGCUAUUGUAGAGUUGGCUGAGCGAUUUUCUUACUACGGAUGUCAAGUAGUAUUCACCAACUUUAUUCAACAACCCUUACCAGAAGGCUCACACACCGGUGCUGGAUUUACGAAUGGUCAAUCCGGUGCUCUUGGACGUGGUCAGCGGGCGUCUACCGGUCUCAACACCUUUUACCAGUUCUGGGUCUAUGUCACACCAUUGUUUGGAGCUUAUAUUGCGGAUACGUACUGGGGACGGUUCAAUACAGUCUGUUUCUCUGUCUUCGUCGCUCUUAUUGGACAUAUCAUCCUAAUUGUAUCCGCUGUCCCUGGCGUCAUUGAGAAAGAGAGUGCAAUAGGCGCAUUCUCGGUCGCGUUGAUUGUGAUGGGGAUUGGAACGGGUUUCUUCAAGUCUAAUAUCUCUCCUUUGGUCGCGGAACAAUACAGGCGCACGAAGCUAUUUGUAACCACAACGAGAACAGGAGAACGUGUCAUUGUAGAUCCCGCUUUGACCAUUUCGAGGAUCUAUAUGUAUUUUUAUCUCUUCAUUAACAUCGGUGCUCUCAUCGGACAAAUCGCAAUGACAUAUGCAGAGAAGUAUGUCGGCUUUUGGCUUGCCUUCACUCUACCCACCAUUAUUUUCCUCCUUUGUCCUCUCGUGCUGUGGUUCGGCAGGAAAAGGUAUAUCCGAAGUCCACCCACCGGAUCUGUCCUCGGAACCGCCAUGAAGCUCUGGUUGUAUGCGGCGAAGGGUCGAUGGAGCAUCAAUCCGAUAAAGACCUAUAAGAAUAUGACCGCUGCAAAUUUCUGGGAAAACGUCAAACCGAGCAAACAAGCAGGAAAGAAACCAGCGUGGAUGAACUUUGAUGAUCAAUGGGUUGACGAAGUUCGGCGUGGUUUCAAGGCUUGCAGUGUGUUCCUCUGGUAUCCUAUCUACUGGUUGACUUACAAUCAACUGAACGCAAACCUGAUAUCGCAAGCGGCCACUAUGACCACCAAUGGCCUCCCAAAUGACGUUCUGUCGAACUUGGAUCCGUUUGCUCUCAUCAUAUUCAUCCCGAUCUGUGAUGUACUGAUUUAUCCCGCCUUACGACGCGGGAGAGUCAAUUUCAGUGCAUUGAAGAAAAUUUGCGCUGGGUUUGCGACAGGUGCCGCCGCGAUGAUUUGGUCAGCUGUUGUUCAGCAUUACAUCUAUAAGACAAACCCAUGUGGCUAUUCUGCUGGGACGUGCGAAACUGCAGACGGACACCCAUUAGUUUCUCCAUUGAACGUCUGGAUUCAGACCGGCUCGUACGUCCUCAUAGCAUUCAGUGAGAUCUUAGCGUCCAUCACGGGUUUGGAAUAUGCAUUCACGAAGGCUCCCACUAACAUGCGGUCUUUGGUCAUGUCGGUUUUGACUUUCACGAAUGCAUUUUCUGCCGCCAUAGGAGAAGCUUUCGUGUCCUUGUCUUCCGACCCACUGUUAGUUUGGAACUAUGGCGUCAUGGCCACGAUUGCAGGUGUAGCGGGUAUAGUCUUCUGGUUUGCCGUCAGGAAAUUGGAUGCCGAGGAGGACAGGCUGAACAAUAUGCAAGAAGGACACAUGGAAGCUUCGAAGCCGGAAGCGUAA